UUUGUCCAACGAAAAUUGGUUAUCCAACCGAGGCUUACGUAAAACCAAACCCCCCAUAGAAGAAUUGGUCGGUAUAUGCGGAUGCAGUAGAGAAUCCUCUUUCUCUGCCGGAGCAGCCCCUUUCUCCUCCGUUUUCCUGUCGGAAAGUUCCCAUUUGAUCUGAAACCUCGUCCCGACGGUACCCAGAUUCUUCCGAUUACUGCUGAUUCUUGUUUGCACUGACCCGAUUGGACGAGCACUUGAUCCUCGCCGGAAUUGAUUGCGGGGUCGAUUGGGAUUCUAGGGUUAGGGCUUCCGUCGAUCAGGUGAGCUGCAAGCAUGGGUUCGGAGGGGGAUUCGAGCGACGGGAGGGUCGAGGAGGGAGUGAACGUCCACAUCCGGUUUUCCAACGGGUCGAAGUUCACGGUUAAGACGACCUUGGACUCGACUGUCGGGUCUUUCAAGCAGCUCCUGGCUCAGAACUGCGAGGUGCCGGCCGAUCAGCAGCGCCUGAUCUACAAAGGCCGCAUUUUGAAGGACGACCAAACCCUAGAAAGCUAUGGUUUGCAGGCCGAGCACACUGUGCACAUGGUGAAAGGUUUACCCACGGGAUCAGCAGCACCUCCUCCUGCAGCUCCCAGUGCAGGAACGACCAAUAGUGCCCCAGGUGUCACUCGGGGAGUUGGUUCAAAUGACAGUGGUGGUGCUGGUCUCGGGGCCUCUCUCUUCCCCGGGCUAGGCCUAAAUCCACUUGGAGGAGCUGGAGGAGGCUCUGGCUUGUUUGGAGCUGGACUUCCUGAAUUUGAACAGAUGCAGCAACAGUUAAACCAGAACCCCAACAUCAUGAGGGAUAUAAUGAACAUGCCUGCUAUGCAGAGCCUCAUGAACAAUCCUGAGCUGCUCCGAAGCUUGAUUAUGAGCAAUCCUCAGAUGCGUGAGCUCAUCGAUCGGAAUCCUGAGCUUGCUCAUGUACUUAAUGAUCCUGCCGUUAUUCGGCAGACUCUUGAGGCUGCUAGGAACCCCGAGCUCAUGCGUGAGAUGAUGCGGAAUACUGACAGGGCCAUGAGUAACAUUGAAGCUACUCCGGAGGGAUUCAACAUGCUGAGGCGAAUGUAUGAGAAUGUUCAGGAACCUUUCCUGAACGCUACAACGAUGGGCACGAAUGCUGGAAAUGAUACUGCUUCAAACCCAUUUGCUGCUCUUUUAGGAAACCAAGGCAAUGCACAAGCUAGGGAUGGGAAUAAUUCUAAUAGUGACAAUUCUUCAAGCACUGGCUCUGAAGCAGGUUCAGGGCCCACUGCUCCAAAUACAAACCCUUUACCCAACCCCUGGAGUAGUAGCACGGGGGGUUCACAGACAAACACGACGACAAGGUCAACUGCUACUGGGGAUGCAAGAGCACCUCCUGCUGCUGGCUUAGGAGGGCUUGGUCUCCCAGGGCUGGAUCAGAUGUUUGGUGGUAAUACAGAUGCAAAUAUGCUGAAUCAAUUAAUGCAGAACCCGGCUAUAUCACAGAUGAUGCAGAGCAUGCUCUCGAACCCCCAGUAUCUGAAUCAGAUACUCAAUCUCAACUCUCAGCUUCGGGGCAUGGCUGAUAUGAACCCUCAAUUGAGAGAAAUGAUGCAGAACCCAGAACUUCUUCGACAACUGACAUCACCUGAGACAAUGCAGCAAAUGCUAGCUAUGCAGCAGUCACUACUAUCCCAACUCAACCGCCCACAGACAAACAGGGAGGCAGGUCAGACUGGUGGAGCUGCAGCAGGAGCACUGAAUAAUUCUGACCUGGAAUUGUUGAUGAAUAUGUUUGGUGGCCUCGGAGCUGGUGGCUUCGGUGCUCCCGAAGAUCCUAAUGUACCACCGGAAGAACUCUAUGCGACCCAGCUUGCGCAGCUUCAAGAGAUGGGCUUCUUUGACACAGCAGAGAACAUCAGGGCACUCCGGGCCACUUCCGGGAAUGUUCACGCCGCAGUGGAACGGCUCUUGGGGAAUCCCGGGCAGUGAGCAAAGAGGUUCCUAUGUUGUUUCUAUUUCCACUUCAUAUAAUGAGGAAAUUUUUCAUGGUUCUGUAAGAUUGAUCGAUUUCCAGUCUGUUGGAAGAACUCCAUGGAGUCCCUCGGCAUCCUGUUACCGACAUGCGAAUGAAAACCGAGUAUAGAUAUCCCCCCCGUGAUCGAGAUUUGUGACACUUGUGGGCAUAGGCAUCCUUUUAUACUGGACUAUUAUUGAUAGCCAACUCUCCUCUUCCUCCUUCCCCUCCGAUAUUUUUGUACAUACAUGUUUAUUAUCAAGAAUUUGUCAUUUCUAAACGAUGAUUUCUUUUCGAGUGAAUACGAUAUACACUUUCCGCUUUGUGCCA